AUUCCUCGCCCGAAUCCGAUGACAACUGCGGUCGCAACAUGCGGCGACGUCACGGGGCAAGGCGAAGUGGCCUUGCGCACCAGGGAAUCUUGGAUGCGGACUUACCCCGGGAUUCCAAUCUACGUGCAUGAUGUAUGGCUGGACGUCGUGGUUCGAAGAGGAAUGCAGAAGUGGCGCGUCGUGACGGUGUCGACGUCUUCCACCCAAACGUGCUUUGUCCUCGUGGGUAUCCUCUCUCUCCAAGCAUUGACUGCCCGUGCUCCACUUUCCCGCCGUGAGGGAGACGCCAACUCGAACGAUCUAGACUACAACUCGUCAACGUGGAUGGCGGUGCAUUGCCUUGCCGACCUGUCUCCCUUCGACAUGCGAGAAGUGGCUCUCCUUCGAUCGCAACUUGCACAAAUGACCGGCCCAUCGCCGCCACCACCGCCGCGGAACCUCGUCCUCGCUAUGACGACGCAGUCACCGCCGAGCAUCAGCUACUAUACAAUGCAGGAUUGCCUUGCCGUGUAGAUCACUCCAGUGUGUCGUAGAACCCCUAUGUUAGCCCCCCGUGGAGGAGUUCACGGGAGUUGCAUGCUUUAAACACGGGGCAGUACGCGAAGGAUUGCAUCAACUUACCUUGCGACAGUGUUGCUCACGAAAAAAAGUCCCGGGAGUGCAAA